UCCGUCUCCAAAUGAAGCUCACUUUGUGAUGUCGGUGAUAUUUUAGGAGCUUUAUAAUGUUCGGACAUUAAGCCUGUAUACAGCACAUUUUGGACCAGCGUUUAAACGGACAUUGUUGUGAUAUCAGUUCAUGGAGGAUCAUCAAUGAGUGGCCGAAUUUGAAGGAUGGCUUGGUUUAUGGUUUUAAAUCACAUAUAGAAGGAACUCUUCAAGUCAAUCCCCCAUGUGGUGUAGAGGGCGGUGCCUAUGGGAUAUACUUGAGCUGAGCUCCAGUUUUGGUGGCAAAAUAUGUGAACACAGCACAGCAUCAGAAACCUUGCUUUCUAUUUGAAAAAAAAGAUAAAUACAAAUCAAAAUGAUAAGAUAACUCUUUAUUACAAGAAUGGCUGACCCACUCUGCAAUGCCUCUGCCAGUGGAGAUCUACCCAAAGUGUUGGUUUUGCUGCGAAAUGGAGCAGAUGUUAAUGGCUCUAAUAAAUACAACAGGACUGCACUGCAGGUGGUGAAGCUGGGGAACGCCGCUGUGGUCGAGGCUCUCCUGCUGGAAGGCGCUGACCCCAACCAGCGCGACCCGGUCUGCGGCCUCACCGUGAUGCACGACGCGGCGCGGGAGGGGUACCGACAGUCCGUCAGCGUGCUGGUGGACCACGGGGCGGACGUUAACCUGGUGGAUGAGCGCGGGAACCUGCCGCUCCACCUGGCCGCCAUGGAGGGCAACCUGGAGGCGACCCGGCUGCUGAUCGGACUCACCGCGGACCCGCGAGCCCCCAACGGACAGGGGUACACCGCCGGGCAGCUCGCGCACAUCCACAAUAAGGAGGACACCGCCACGUGCAUCCACGAGUAUUUGAGACUAAAGGACGAGGAGGAUGAAGAUUAGAACCCUUCUGAGUGUCAGGGCGGCGGUAAGGAGGCAACAGGAGACGGUUUUACAAGUCCAACACAAAGAAAAUGGUGCGAAACAGGAACCAGGAAUAUCCACGGGAACCUAGACGGAACAAGGCAGGAACGCAGAAGACAUAACAGACUAGACAAAAAGCAAACAAAAGACAGGACUAUAAAUACACAAGAGACUAAUCAGACAGCAAGACUUAACCCCGAUUGAAAAUCAUAAAGAUAAAAUGUUUUUGAUGAAACUAUCCUGCUUGAUCUACUCAAAAAAAAAGGUUUGGGCAACUUUUUUUUCCGCAUCAGAUUAUUUUGGAGAUCAGGCAGGACUAGUCUCCAAACUAUUUACAUUUUUUUUGUUGUAAAAAAUGUCUUGUCAACUUUAUUUUAUAAUCAUUCAAGACUCGUGUUUUAAACCACAUUUAAGAAAGUGUAAUUAACAAGAUAAUUCAAAUCAGAAGUGGUGGGAGACGCUGAUGGUUGAUUAACAAAAUGUAUAAAGUAAAAGUAUUACCUUAAGCAUAUGACAUAAUAAA